AUGGCUAUUGUUGAAUUUUAUAAUAAUGAGAACGAAAAUGAUGUUGAAUCGACAUCGUUAUAUUUAUCACAAAUAGGUUAUCGAGUGGGUUAUUCACUUAGUGAAAGAUUAUCAAAAGAAAAUCCACGUUAUCGUGAUGAAUUAGAUACAGUAAAAUAUCUUUGUAAAGAACUUUGGAUUUGUUUAUUUAAAAAACAAGUUGAUAAUCUACGUACAAAUCAUCAAGGUGUUUAUGUAAUACAUGAUGGACGUUUUCGUUUAUUACAGCAAACACUAUUAACAAUGAACAAACCUAUUGAUAAUAUCAAUCAAUUACAUGCAUUGUAUAUAGCAUAUUCUACGGGUUUGAUAAGAGGAAUUUUAACAAAUAUGGGUUAUCCAUGUCGUGUAACAGCUGAAAUUGUGGAUUUUGGUGUAAAAUUUCAAAUUGAAAUAAAUUCAACAGUUGGACAAAAAUAA